CGCCCUCCUCGCGCCAUGGCGGCCGCGGGGGCCGGGCCGGCCGAGCUGGGUUUCGCGGAAGAGGCCCCGGCGUGGCGGCUGCGGCGCGAGCAGUUCCCCAGCAAGGUGGGCGGGCGGCCGGCGUGGCUGGGCGAGGCGGGGCUGCCGGGGCCGGGGGCGCUGGCCUGCGCGCUGUGCGGACGCCCGCCCGCCCUGGUGCUGCAGCUGUACGCGCCGCUGGCCGGCCGCGCCGACGCCUUCCACCGCGGCCUCUUCCUCUUCUGCUGCCGCACGCCGCCGUGCUGCGAGGGGCUGCGCGUGUUCAGGAACCAGCUGCCCAGGCAGAAUGACAUCUUCUCCCACGAGCCGCCUCCCGAGAACCCCCCCGAGGAGACCGAGGAUGCCGUGUGCCUGCAGCUCAGGUCCGGUGCUCAGCUCUGCAGGGUCUGUGGCUGUCUGGCCCCCAAAACCUGCUCCCGCUGCCACCGGGCACAUUACUGCAGCAAGGAGCACCAGGCGCUCGACUGGCGGGCCGGGCACAAGCAGGCUUGCGCACAGUCAGGUGCUUUGGACAAUACGGUUCCAGAUCACAACUUCCUCUUUCCAGAGUUUGAAAUAGUAGUAGAGACAGAAGAGGAGGCCUUGCCUGAGGCUGUGGAGAGAGAAGAUGCCGCUGAGGCCGCAGAGAGCAUGGCCGAGACGCCUGAAGACGUGUUGGACUCCAUGGCAAAGCAUGAAUCCAGAGAAGACAGAAUUUUCCAGAAGUUUAAGAGUAAGAUAGCCCCUGAGCCGGAACAGAUCCUCCGAUACGGCCGAGGGAUCACCCCUGUCUGGAUCUCUGGCGAAAAUAUCCCCCAGGAGAAGGAUAUUCCCAACUGUCCCUGUGGUGCCAAGAGAAUAUUUGAAUUCCAGGUGAUGCCGCAGCUGCUCAACCACCUGAAAGCCGACCGGCUGGGCCGCAGCGUGGACUGGGGCGUCCUGGCGGUGUUCACGUGCGCCGACAGCUGCGGGCUGGGCUCAGGCUACGCCGAGGAGUUCGUGUGGAAACAGGAUGUCGCGGGCACCCCGGGCCCGCGAGAGGGUGCAGCCCGGUGGCCGGGUGUGUGAGCCUCAGUGAGGCGGCCUAGAUGGCCUUCAGUUGUUCCCAUGGAGAAGGGUCACGGGUGGCAGGGCCAGGCGGUGGCACACAGAUGGCAGUGCGCAAGGACCCGGGUUCAAGCCCCGGCCCCCCACCUGUGGGGGGGAGAGCGCCACAAGUGGUGAAGCAGGGCUGCAGGUGUCUCUGUCUCUCUCCCGCACUGUUUCCCCUGCCCUCACAGUUUCUCUGUUGCAAUAAAGUUUGUAAAAAAAAAAAUUAAAAAAGGUUUA